AUGGAAAGUCGGAGGAGUUUCAGGCUGUGCAGAGUGUUAUUUCUGGUUUUGGCAUUGAUGGAGAUUUCUUCUGCUAGUCUCUCUCCUUCUGGUAUAAACUACGAAGUUGUAGCUUUGGUGGCCAUAAAAACUGCUUUACAUGACCCAUAUAGUGUUCUGGAGAAUUGGGAUAUCAAUUCUGUCGAUCCUUGUAGCUGGAGGAUGGUUACUUGCUCCCCAGAUGGAUAUGUUUCUGCUUUGGGACUUCCCAGUCAAAGCUUGUCUGGUACUUUAUCUCCGUCCAUUGGCAACCUCGCUAAUCUGCAAUCAGUGUUGCUGCAAAAUAAUGCCAUUUCAGGUCCAAUACCUGCUGCAAUUGGCAAGCUGCAGAAGCUUCAGACACUUGAUCUCUCAAACAAUACACUUAGUGGAGAAAUGCCCACUUCUUUGGGGGACCUCAAGAACCUGAAUUACUUGCGAUUAAAUAACAACGGCCUUACUGGACACUGCCCCGAGUCUCUGUCCAAUCUCCAUGGUCUCACACUUGUGGAUCUUUCAUUUAACAAUCUGAGCGGUUCCUUGCCAAAAAUAUCAGCAAGAACUUUCAAAGUUACGGGUAACCCUUUAAUAUGUGGACCCAAGGCCAGUAACAACUGUUCUUCUGUCUUUCCAGAGCCUCUUUCUCUCCCACCUGAUGGUAUGAAAGGUCAAUCAGACUCUGGAACAAACAGUCAUCGUGUGGCUAUCGCUUUUGGUGCAAGCUUUGGUGCUGCCUUUUCCAUAAUAAUAAUUAUUGGGUUACUGGUUUGGUGGCGAUAUAGACACAACCAGCAAAUUUUCUUUGACGUCAAUGAGCAAUAUGACCCAGAGGUAUGCUUGGGCCACUUGAGAAGGUAUACAUUUAAGGAGCUCCGUGCUGCAACUGAUCAUUUCAGUUCAAAGAAUAUUCUCGGGAGAGGUGGAUUUGGUAUUGUGUACAAGGGGUGCUUGAAUGAUGGAACUCUGGUGGCUGUCAAAAGGCUGAAGGACUAUAACAUUGCUGGUGGUGAAAUCCAAUUCCAGACAGAAGUAGAAACAAUAAGUUUGGCUGUUCAUCGAAAUCUUCUUAGGCUCUCUGGGUUCUGCACAACUGAGAACGAAAGGCUUCUUGUUUACCCCUAUAUGCCAAAUGGAAGUGUAGCAUCUCAAUUAAGAG